UUUCCCUUCGCUAAGGGUUAUGGGUAAUCCUGGCGGCAGCCUCCAUUUUGUGUGUUUUAAUUAACUUUCCAAAUAUUUUUCGCACUUUUGCCAACACAAUGAGGUCAACUUUAGGACGUGAAAUUUUUCCACAGACAGACAGACGGGGUUUCCAAAGCCAGGUAUUUACCGAAAUUGAAGGAUAUCGGCGACAAAACUCCAUAUGAGGUGGGAAGAUACGAAUGGACAACUGAUUUGGAUUCUUACCCUGAUAUAAAUUACCCGGACAUCGUCAACUAUUUGCCAAGGGGUCGCGGAAUGUCUCAAAGUUUAACGGACGUUCAGCAGCAAUGGGAAAGCCUGGAAGAAGAAUACCAGCGUGCUCGGGAGACGCACAGAUUGUACCUUCAGAAACUGGAUGAAAUUACCAGACUGCAAAACAGCUGCUCUUGUUCCAUUUCCCAUCAGCGAAAAAGACUCAAGGAGAUGUCCUUCAUGGUGAACAAAUGCAGCAAAGAGCUCUCAGAGGAAGAAGCAAGGAGCCUUGGUCAAAUCAAAGAGAAAAUUAAAAUUCGACCCAACGCUUUCUCUGAAAUGGAAGGCUUCCUCCCCAAGAAGAAUGGGCUGUACCUCAGCCUGGUUCUUGGCAAUGUGAAUGUCACUCUUCUAAGCAAACAGUCAAAAUUUGCCUACAAAGACGAAUAUGAGAAGUUCAAGCUGUACCUCACUGUCGUCCUGCUGCUGUUCUCCUUUGUAUGCUAUUUCUUUGUCAGCUACAGAUUUCUUGACGCAAUCCUUAACUUCCUGCUGGUGUGGUAUUAUUGCACAUUAACAAUCAGGGAAAGCGUCCUCAUCACCAAUGGCUCUAGAAUUAAAGGCUGGUGGGUUUUCCAUCAUUACAUCUCAGCUUUUCUGUCCGGUGUAAUGCUCACAUGGCCCGAUGGCAACCUGUACAAGGUAUUCCGGAACCAGUUCCUGGCGUACUCCCUUUAUCAGAGUUUUGUCCAGUGUCUGCAGUGUUAUUAUCAGAGUGGAUGUCUGUACAGACUCCGAGCAUUAGGGGAAAGACACAACAUGGAUCUGACCGUGGAGGGAUUUCAGUCCUGGAUGUGGAAAGGGCUGACGUUUCUUUUGCCUUUCCUGUUUUUCGGUCAUUUCUGGCAGCUCUUCAAUAGCCUCUCUCUCUUCAGAAUGGCUCAGCUCCCAGACUGCAAAGAAUGGCAGGUUUUGGUGUGUGGCCUCUGCUUCUGCAUUCUGUUCCUGGGAAACUUCUUCACAACGCUCGCUGUGGUCCAUCAGAAGGUCAAGAGGAGGAAUCAAAAACCAAAGACUCUUUGACACAUUCACAGUCCUAGUAAUUCAUCAAAAAUAAGGACCUUGUAAAUGUUUUUUAAAAAGUGUAUAAAUUGCUAUUAUUAUGUAAUUCAUCAAAAAUAAGGACCUUGUAUAUGUAUUUUUAAAAGUGCAUAAAUUGCUAUUGUUAUUGA